AUGGACGGGCCGUCGCGAAUUCGCGAAUGGGUUCAGUCGAAAUUCGGCCGCAAACAUUAUGAAGAACCCAUAGCCCCUGAGGCGCCGGCGUUUUUGUCAAGUCUUUCUCUCGUUUCCAAGCACCAGCGUUCUGUUUCUUCCUCGCUUUCAAGAACUGCUGAAAUUUCAGAUCCUGUCCCCAAGGCUGUGGCUAACAGCCCUUUGUUUAAAUUGCCUCCGGAGCUCCGCAAUUUGAUUUAUGAAUUCGCAUUUGGUGGUCGUAUUCUUCACUUGGAAUUGCAACCUAAGUUCAUCUGCAUGUAUCCUGUUGGUAUGAGCCUUGGAUACAAAAGCCAGUAUCAUUGCGACGAUAGCACGGAACGGGAAUUCUGGCACUGGUGGAGCUCUGUGUGCAGACGACACCCGGUCAAAGACCCUUGGAUGGACCACUGCCGUCGAAAUUGGGCUGAAUCCUUGCUAUUCCCGUCUGGAAAAUGCCCGCUGGGUAUCAUGGGCUUUAUGCUCACUAGCCGACAAGCCUACGCCGAAUGCAUUGACGUGCUUUACAGGGCCAAUACUUUUUAUACCAGCAGCACGCUCCUCAUGCGUAGUUUUCCGGCUCUUGUGCCUUCAAGGCAUCUGCACAGAAUCACGUCAUUAGAGUUGAGCUUGAAGCUGUUUCUACUGGAUGGACCAGCCCCGUUGAAGGAAGACACACUUGUAGGCUGGCCUACUCUCGACGUGAUCAUUUCGAUCAUUGUGUCCCAUUUCAGGUCUCUACGAAUGCUAUAUCUGGCUGUCCACACUGGGAAUGCCACGGCUUUUCCUGGUCAACGACGCGAAAUUUCCGACGCGGAGUUCGAGAGGCUCUGGUCCAGGACCGAUAAAAUUUCUCGCUCGUUCGGAAAGCAACUACGGACCUUUGUGCUUGCUCCUCAGGCCAGCGUGUUUUUGGAAAUUGAGGAUAUGGCUCGACAGGCACCGGCCGAUGUUGAAAACCCCACCCUUCAAAUGCGAGAUGGCCGGGUUUGGCGAAGUGUUACCACUGAAGAUCCGGAAGUUGAUGAUUUGGGUUUUUGGAUUGAACAGGGCGCAGGGGAUUAUAUGGCCCUUUGCAAUGUGGACGCCGCUUUAGAAAGAAUUAACGCCUGA